AUCUGGUAGAUUUCUGGACGGUCGCUGCGGUGACUGCUCCCCACCCCCAACUCUGCUGCUGUCUCGCGCAUCUCCCGCCCUCCCCCCACCCCCGACCCUGCUCGGGUUCCCUCCAGGCCUUCUGCCCCUGGUCGCUCGGGCUCGCCGCGCUGUCACCCGCUGCUGUCGUCGGGAGGAAAGAUGAGUGGGAGGGCUGAGUUUCGAGAGCCGAAUGCAGAAGUUCCAAGACCAAUUCCCCACAUAGGGGCUGAUUACAUUCCAACUGAGGAAGAAAGAAGAGUCUUUGCAGAAUGCAAUGAUGAAAGCUUCUGGUUCAGAUCUGUACCUUUGGCUGCAACAAGUAUGUUGAUUACUCAAGGAUUGAUUAGUAAAGGAAUCCUUUCAAGUCAUCCCAGAUAUGGUUCUAUACCUAAACUUAUAUUUGCUUGCAUCAUGGGAUACUUUGCUGGAAAGCUUUCUUAUGUGAAAACUUGCCAAGAGAAGUUUAAGAAUCUUGAGAAUUCCCCUCUUGGAGAAGCUUUACGAUCAGGACAGGCACGACGAUCUUCACCAACUGGGCACUAUUCUCAAAAGUCAAGAUAUGACUCAAACGUGAGUGGUCAUUCAUCUUUUGCGACAUCCCCAGCAGCAGACAACAUAGAAAAAGAGAUGCUUCCUCAUUAUGAGCCAAUUCCAUUCAGUGCUUCUAUGAACGAAUCUGCUCCCACUGGUAUUACUGACCAUAUUGCCCAAGGACCUGAUCCCAACAUUGAAGAAAGUCCUAAAAGAAAAAAUGUUACAUAUGAGGAAUUAAGGAAUAAGAACAGAGAGUCAUAUGAAGUUACUUUAACACAUAAGACUGACCCCUCAGUCAGGCCUAUGCAGGAAAGAAUGCCAAAAAAAGAAGUCAAAGUAAACAAAUAUGGAGAUACUUGGGAUGAGUGAAAAAUUGCAUCAUUUGGACCUACGGAAGGAGUUUGAAUAUCCAGCUUCAUCUGGGUGAUCAUGAACAUCUGCAUGCUUUGAGCUCAGCAGCAGUCUUCAUAAACACAUUUAAACCUAGAACCUGGGGUUUUGUGGUUUGGCUUAUUAAAGUGAUGUUUCGAAAAUACAGACUUUAAUGUUAAUAUUGUGUGAAUGUAUUCAUUUUGGGAAACUCUGAAUGAUUGAAAUAACACCAUGAUUGUACACAAUUAGUGAAAUUGUUUUAAAUUAUAGGACAAGGCUACUCUGUUAUAAAACUAUCAAGAGAGUGUAAUACUCUGGAAUCACCUUAUAUGGAAAUAAAUAUGCUACCUGCAUGUUGAAUUGGGGUGGGAGGGGGGAAGCAAGCGUUAAACUUUACAUCAGAAAUUAUUAAAAAGCCUUUCUCUGGUGUUUGCUGUAUUCUCUUAAUGUCUGUGGUAAAUAAAAUAUAAAGGUACAUGCAUCGUUA